GCUCCUUAGUCUCUCAGUUUUUGCCAUCAUGCUAUGGAAAUGCUUACCAGAUGGCACCAAAGUGAAAAGACAGUUACUAGGGUGAUUGGAGACCUUGAUGAUUUUAACAGCUCUGCUUUUGCAGGGUUUUAGCUAGAUGUCAGCUUUGCAGUCUUGACAGGAGCUGCUCCCAUACCAGACUGAGAUACAUUGAGUCAAUACACUUUCUAUGGUCCCUGUAUAGAAAGUUUUCAGGACUGCUGUUGAGACCCUGAAUUUCCUCAGUCUUUGCCUCGUUUUAUUAAUCUGUGUUUGAAUGUGGGUAGUCAUUGAAUACUCUGCAGUGAAUGGGUGCCAUGAGAAUGAGGAGCUGAUAAAAUAUCACAAUAAUUCACAAGAAAUACAAAGAACUCUGGUCCAUCAGGUAACAUCUUGUGAAGUGAAAAGCUGAGAGUUUGCAAGAAACAAAUUCAUCACUGAGACAGUUUUUCAUUUCACAAGACUUUAUUUCAUAGACUGGAGCCAUGUGGAUCACUUGUGCUAAAUUUCUCCAAACCUGUUCUGAUGAAGAAACAAACUCAUCUAAUUCUUGGAUGGCCAGAGAUGCAGAUGACCAGUUCUCCAGCUCUAUGGAGACCAAUGUGGUGAUCCGCCAUGAUGGCCAGAUUAUGUGGGACCAGCCGGCAAUAACCAAGAGCUCCUGCAAAGUGGAUGUGUCUUACUUCCCUUUUGAUGCCCAGCAGUGCCGUCUCACCUUUGGCUCUUGGACCCACAAUGGCAACCAGAUGGAUCUUCAUAAUGCCCUGGACAGUGCUGAUCUAGCUGACUUUGUAGAGAAUGUAGAGUGGGAGGUUGAGGGAAUGCCUGCAAAGAAGAACAUUAUUCUCUAUGGCUGUUGCUCAGACCCCUAUCCAGAUAUCACAUACACACUUCACCUGAAGAGAAGAGCUUCUUUUUACAUCUUUAAUCUUCUCAUUCCCUGCAUGAUGAUCUCCUUCUUGGCUCCGCUAGGCUUCUACCUUCCAGCCGACUCUGGAGAGAAAGUAUCUUUAGGUGUAACAGUGUUACUAGCCCUUACCGUCUUUCAGCUUCUGGUUGCUGAAAGCAUGCCUCCUUCAGAGAAUGUGCCACUCAUUGGGAAAUAUUACAUUGCCACAAUGACCAUGAUUACAGCUUCUACAGCCCUGACCAUCUUCAUUAUGAACAUCCACCACUGUGGACCAGAGGCUCAGCCUGUUCCUGCAUGGGCACGUCGCUUUAUCCUCCACUACUUGGCUCGAAUUUGCUUUGUCUAUGACAUGGGAGAGAGCUGCUUGUCUGUGUACACAGACAAACCUGCACAGAAGGGAAGCAACUGCACUUUAAAUGGACAGGCUGUGGGUGAGGACUUUGCUCUGAGGGUACGAGGCGUUUCAGCUGGUGAAGGCUGUUCACAGAAGAUAAAAGAUCCAUUAAAUGAAGAUACCAGUCCGACCUUAUCUCCCCGGCAAGGUAAAGAGUGUCAAACUGGCUGGAUAGAUGGUACCUGUGUGGGCAUUGACCAGGGAGAGGUUGCAGGAACUACAGCAGAGAGAGGGAGUGAGAGCAGAGCAACUGGGAAAGAAUCAGUCGAGAAGAGGGAAAUAGAUGUUGCAAGCCCAAAUUUAUUCCAUCAGCAAAACAUCCUGAGGAAUAUCGAGUACAUCGCUAACUUUUAUCAUGAACAGAAGGCCACACAGAGACGAAAUGGGGAGUGGCGGAAAGUUGCCAAAGUCAUGGAUCGCUUUUUUAUGUGGAUAUUCUUUAUCAUGGUCUUUCUCAUGAGUUUGCUUAUUAUAGGGAAAGCUGUCUGAAGGUAUGAUAUUAAAGACAUCAGGGGCCUCAUGCAUAAACGUCUGUGUAGUUCUUAAAAAAGGCAUCGACACUGAUGUUGAUGACACAGGUCAGACAUACAGUGUCUCAUUUCUUCUUUUAUUGUUGUA